CCAAAUUCGUACAAAUAAUACUCUACUAAUACCAAUGCCUACUACUACAGUGACACUACAUACCGAUUACCAAUAUUGUAUUAGCACUUGUGUCAUCGAAGUGCAUCGAAGUCUAAACUCUAAAGUUCAUUUAUUUAGUUUAUCUGUUUCCAAUUUCCAUCAACUGUCACAGACUCACAGUAUCAUAAUAUAACUUUGUAAGGUUAGAGCCAAGGUUGAAGCAAUAAGACUGUUUUGGUUUAAAUUUUUAAAAAAUCUAUUGUAAAUCUAUAAGUAAGGUGGCCCACUGAACAGUUCGACUAAUACUGCUGUCAUUAGUUACCUGGAGUUGUAAACUGGAAUAACUGGAUUUUAAGCUCAACGAUCAUCACUAAUAAACAUUCAACAAAAUGGAUCUUUUGUACUGUGAUGCAGUUGCAGUUCAUUCACUUACUUGGUACCUGAAGUAUGUUGGUAUUCCAUUGACCAUUGGUGUGACAAUGUGUAAAUUAUUCAGCUGUAUCACCACAAAUAGACGUCGUGCUGCAUUGCAAGGAAAGGUAGUUGUAAUAACUGGUGCAAGUUCUGGUAUAGGAGAAGCAUUGGCUCAUGCAUUCUAUGAACAAGGAAGCAAAGUAGUGUUAGCUGCUAGAAGAAAAACAGAAUUGGAGAGAGUAAAAAAUGACUUAGUGUCUAAGAAUCUGUCUACUCCAACACUGGAACCGGUUGUAUUGGAGCUGGACCUUACUAAAUUGGGAGAAAUGAGUUCAUUUGUUCAAAAUGUCUAUGAUGCCUGUGGGGAAAUAGACAUUUUGAUUAACAAUGGAGGUAUCUCACAUCGAGGAUCAAUAUUGAAUUCUAAGAUAGAUGUUUUCAAGAGUAUUAUGGAUGUUAACUAUUUUGGUUCUGUUGCUCUGACAAAAGAAUGCCUUCCAAAGAUGGUGCAACGCAAAGCUGGUCACAUAGUGUUUGUGAGUUCGGUCCAGGGGCUCAUUGCAAUACCUGAGCGCUCUGCGUAUGCAGCUGCAAAACAUGCAAUGCAAGCCUUUGGAGAUUCUCUUAGAGCAGAAAUGCAUCAGCAUAACAUCAAUGUUACAGUUGUUAGCCCUGGUUAUAUAAAAACUGCUAUAUCUUUAAAUGCUUACACUGGGUCUGGAGAAGCACAUGGAGUAAUGGAUAAAAGCACGGCUGCUGGUUUCUCUCCAGAAUACACUGCAAACAGGAUCCUUAAUGGAAUUGUGAACAAAGAAAAAGAUUUGGUUAUUAGCCAGUUUUUACCAAGUUUAGCUGUAACUUUAAGACAUUGUACACCAUCAUUAUAUCACUGGAUUAUGGCAAGGAGAGCUGUCAACACAUCUUAGUGGUCUCAACUUUUAACUUAAGUACUAUACAAAGAAAGAGAUUUAUGGCCAAAAAGCUAGUUAUUAUCAUAGACUAAGGAACUAUUUUAUUAGACAAUGGUUAAUACUCAAAUAUUUGUAGUUUUGCAUUUUCUGUUACUUUUACCUCUGAUAGCUCUACGGUAUAAAAUGUUCAGCAACAAAAUAUUAUAUCAGCUAUGCUUACAGAAACUUUACAGAAGUGAAACAGGUCCUUAGUAAUAUGAUAAACUUAUUUUUUUUUAAUUUAGUUAAUUCAGUUAGAAUGGUUAAAGAUUUUAUAGGCAUUUAUUUAAUUUCACCAAUGGCAAGGGUUUUUAUUAGUUUUUAGGGUAUAACUGUCUUUAACUUUGAGUUAGACACUGUUUUUAAUUAUAAUAUUUAAGAAAUUAUAUUUUUAUACAGGUACAUAUGCUUUGUAUUUUCGGAACAUGUACCUUAUGGUAUCAAAAAGAUAUAAUUUAUGAAGUAACAUCGACAUUAUAGAACAUAAAUUGUCGCAAAUUAAUACUCAAUUUGUUAUAUAGUUUGGAUUUGUUUACGGUACAAGAUUGAAGAAUGUUACAAUGGUUUUUUUCACAUUCAUCAAUCAACUCUUAUUUAUUCAUGGUUCAUACAACAGGGUUGUAUUUAGCCAAUAUUAAAUAUUAUUUUAUCUAUGGCAGUACAUAUAAAUGUUAUUGUACUGCUGUGACACACUCAUGAUUAGAUACACUUUAAUGUAGCACAUUUGUUUUACUUUUUUAAGAAUUAGUAAAAAAGUUACUUGUUUAUUGUAAAAAAUAAUUAUAAUGGGCACAAUAGCAAUCUAGUAUUAUAAAAGUUUAAAAUAAACAAUCAGUUAAAUUGUA